AUGGCUUCCACGGGCCUUUUGCCACCUCCUCUUUUUCUGGCCACCCCCGGCACGCCCGAUGUGCCAUGGGCCCGAUGGUUACGACUGUUCGAAAGGUUUCUGCUGGCGUCCGGAGCGAACGAGCUACCCGCACCCCGUCGCCGAGCCCUCCUGCUGCACUGUCUUGGGACGGAAGGACAGCGCAUUUUCGACGCGCUUCCACCUAGUACGACGCAAACCAAGGCAGAGACAACGAGUGCUGCACCCGGUGUCACGGCCACGCCAGAUGCCGCCGCUGGAAUCAUCGGAACCACAGCACCUACUGGAACGCAAGGCAUGACCACGGAAGCCCUACGCCCACCCGACGAGUACGAAGUAGCCGUUGAGAUGCUUUCGAAGCAUUUCGCCGCUCCUUGCAAGGUCCGCCUUCAACGCCAUCGAUUCCGGGAGCGUCGUCAACUGCAGGGUAAGCCCAUCACUGAUUUCGCCGUAGCGCUUCGGGAGUUAGCAGCUCUUUGCAAUUUCGCCACUCAAGCGGACGAAAACCUGUGUGAACAGUUCGUAGCAGGCGUCACGAGCCCGCGGCUACGAGAGCGAUUGCUGCUGGAGGGCGAUAACCUUACGUUCGAUCAUGCUGUCGAGGUAGCACGGCUCCGUGAGCAAACCCAGCGUGAAUCCGAAGCCUUCGCCAAUCCUGUCCAGCGCAUUCAGCAGCAGUUGCGAGACAGCUCAGCCAGGCACGAUCGACGAGAUAACGGCGAUAAUGGCACACGCCUCCCGGGCCGUCGCCACUUCAGCUGCUCACGCGGGUGCAGCGCACCUUCACCUGAUAUGAAUGCCGCCGCCGCUGCUGUCCCCGGGCCUAGAAAUGUAAAUGCCUGCGGAAACUGCGGCGCAGCACGGUGUUCGCCUACGGAAUAUCCCGCGCGCGGUCGCACAUGUUUUGCCGGCGGACGCCGCGGCCAUUUUAAGAGAGCAUGUCGCAGCUACCGUCACGGCCGAGAAGGGUAUUCUGCAGAGGUCCAGGAAAUCGUUCCGGAAGAGGAUGCUACCAGUGUCAUUAGCAUCUUGGCGGUCCGUACUGAUAAGAGCACAGGCGUCUACGAGGAUGUCAAUGUCGCGUCAGUUACCGCGACGACACGGGUGCAUACCAUGAACUUUUUGGUGGACACAGGUUCGGCCUUGUCUAUUAUGGGAAUGCCGAGAGCUUUCAGCAAUGAGUUCAGGCCUUCCCAAAGCCCCAGGCAUGAAAAACCCCUUGGCCCUCCCAAGUUUGGAAUGCCGCCAACACUGUGGACCAAGUUUGGCCACUUGUUUUUGCCUGGCCUGGGACUUGUAAGAGGUGUGCAACACAAAGUUAAGAUGAAAACUUCCAUCGCGCUAGUCGCACAGAAGCUGAGACCCCUACCAUUUUCAGACCGCCAGCUGGUCUUUGACGAGAUUGAGAAGCUACUUGCUGCUGAUGUCAUUGAGAGAGUCAAUGCUUCCGAGUGGAUAUCUCCUACUGCAGCAGCCCACAAAGCAGAUGGUAGCAUUCGACUGUGUGUCGAUCUCCGGGAACCCAACAAAGCUAUAGUAGCAGACAACUUCCCUUUGCCUCAUAUGGAGGAGCUGCUUCAUGCCCUCAAUGGAGCCCGCUGCUUUUCCAAGGUGGACCUGGCAUCGGCCUACUACCAGGUUGUGCUGCACCCAGACAGCAGGGACCUAACUUCAUUUAUAACCCACGAUGGCCUCUUUAGAUUCAAGAGGGUCUGCUUCGGGUUGGCAUCAGCACCAGCUGCGUUUCAACAGAUCAUGACGAAAAUUCUUGGAGGUUGCAAAGGGGUCUUAUGCUACUUGGAUGACAUAAUCAUUUUUGGCAAGAUGGAGAGCGAACACAAGCAAAACCUGGAGCAAGUGCUGGAACGAAUAGCAGAAGCUGGGCUCAAGCUCAACGAAAAAUGCGUCUUCAACACGUCGGAGCUGUCGUUCUUAGGACAUCGCGUCAGCGCAGAGGGUAUAGCACCGCUCCAGACCAAGAUUGAUGCAAUCAUCAAUGCUCCUGCGCCUAGAGAUGCAGCCACGCUACGCUCCUUUUUGGGGCUAGUUGAAUACUAUUCCAAAUUCGUGCCGUGA